UUUAUAUUAAUGACAAUUAACAUAAAAGUUUACUACGUUUAGUUGACAAUUGUAUAUAUAUCACAUGUGUAUGAUAACACUUGAUAUUUACUAGAAUACCAUUGUACUUUAUUUUUCACAUUAGUAAAUAAUCGCUGUAAGAAAAGUCUUUUAUCUGUUUAUUGUUACAUGUAUCGGAAAUAGUCAAAUUUUACUUUCUUCAUGUUGUAUGUACUUCACAGUUGCAAACAUAUUACAGUUUUCGAUACUAGCGCACUCUGGCAGUGAUUAUUAUGAGGUUAGACAUGGUUACAAGCUAUUAAAAAUAUUGUGUGAAAAGGUAUUAAUUACGUCUCAUAAUGAUAAUUUCUAAAUAAUGUAAUUGUAAAAUAUAACAACACAGAAAGAGAUUGUAUCAGGAUCAAAUGUUAAUGACUUUAUCUUAUUGUUGCAUAUAUACAUGAGAAGCGAGAUUUGACAUCACAGUGACGGAAAGACUAGAGUUAUCAAAGUGUGCUAUCCCUUACAGUCGAGGAAAGAGAAUAACGUUAUAGAGACAUAUCAUAAAUAUUUUUGGUUGCAUCCAUAUUUUCAUUCAGUUUCAGGGUCUCUGCAUUGGAAGAUCUUUCUGAAUUUACACAUUAAAAGAAUGGCAUACAAUUUAUAGUUACAGUUAUCAAGUACCAUGGAAUCUUGGACUACAUCUGUUUGCUCUGAAAAAUCAAUGAUUGGAUUUAAUCCAAAAUAUACUUAUGAUAUUAGCCCAAAACUGCAUAAGAAUAAUAGAAUUGAAAAUAGAAAGGUAUUAUCAUAUCAAACAGCUGUAAAAGAUGCUUUGUUUGGAAAGAUGUGUUUACCUUACAUGCCAACAGAACCACCAGCAUCCAUAAGCGAAGAGAUUGUGGAAUCUGAUUCACUAUAUGUGUGUAAGCACUGCAAAGAUUGUUUUCGCUUUCAAAAUAGCUUUGAGGAUCAUAACAAACGACGUAGUUGGAUCUUAGGGUUUUUGUGUCGCAGUUGUUUUGUAACAGUAUGUACCCACAUAACCAAAACAGGUUCUGCAUGUCCUAUAUGCACAAAAAAAAACAAUGAUAAACGUUUCUAUUUGCGAAGAAGAGGUUUACCUAGGUAUCAAAAGCCGGGUGUUGCAAAAGUAUUCUAUAACCAAUGCCAAUUCUGGGAACAUGUAGAAAUGCAUGGUUCAAACACAGUGGAUAUGGGUGAUGUAAUGUUAAUGCCUCUACCUGCUAACAUAUGUGAGAGUGACUGGUUGCCCCAAGUUGAAAUAAUAUGCGAAGCACUUAUGGAACACUCAUUUUUUUUACGUGUGCAUAUUAUGGAUUGGUUAAAAAUAUAUAACUUGGAAGAUAACUGGUGGAAGUUGGUUAAUGGUAAAAGUAAUAAUAAUGUGCUAAGUAAAAUUGUUGAGGGUUAUCGGGGUCGACAAUUAUUUAAGACCUUUGAGAAGUCAACAGUAAAUGAGUUUACAAAUUUCAAUUCUUCUGACAAUGUAUAUAAUAGGAAAAGCUCUCUCAAUAUUGAAUUUACUGAUGACAGUGUUAAGGACAAAGAUGCAAAUAAUUAUUCCGCGAAUAAGAUUGCAGACAAAAAUAUAUCAGAAAAUGAAGAUAAUCCUUGUAUGUCAACUGAUAUUGCUUUUGUGGAUUGUGGUCCUACUUCACAAUAUUUAGAACCCGAAUCGUCAGUGCGUUAUGUACCCAUAAGGCAGGUAAAAGUUGUUACAAAAUCAGCACAUAGCAAUAAAAAAAGCUUGACUGAUAUGAUAAAAUCAAAUAAUAAAAAAGAAAUUGCAACUUGUAAAGAUCUUCAUUCACUGGAAACAGGUCUGACUAGUGAAAAUACUACCGCUGUAAAAACAGACAAAAGUUCCAAUAAAAAUUUUGUCAUUAGACAAUCAUCCAAAGACUGUGUGCGGCAAUGUAGAAUAGUGGAGCCAUUUGGAAAAAAAGUUGCAAAAAACAACAUCAAUAAGUCUAUAAUAGAAACUGAUAUUAAUAAAAUUCUGGAUAAUCCAGUUAAAAUUCCAAUUUCUAGUGAAAAGGUUUUACCUAAAAUAUUACCUAAGACUAAUUCAAAUCAUUUGGAGCAAGGUCAAAUCUCAAACAGUAGUUCCAAGGUAUUACUUAAGAUAUUACCCAAGACUAGAUCAGGACGAUUAGAACAAGAUCAAACAUCAAACACUAAUUCCAAGAUAUUGAGUGUCCAAAGUUCACAGAAUGUUGGUAACAAGAUUAUAUUACCUAACACUAAUUUAAAUAAUUUGGAGCAAGGUCUUCAAACAUCAAAAAAUAAUUCUAAAAUACUAAGUGUUGAAAGUUCACAAAAUGCAAAUAUUACAUCCAUAAUUAGUCAACUUCCGUCUCAUCUCAUUUCCAAUCAAAAAUUGGUUGUUAUUGGACAGGAUUCAAGUAAUGUAAUUGCUUAUGACAAGAACGAGGUAAGCACUGAAAAAAGAUUAAGCACAUCACUAUUAGAUAAUAGUAAUGUUACAGACAUUAAUAUGUCAUCACAAAAGAAGAUAUGUAAUUCCGUUAACAUCGACAAACAAGAACAAAUUCUGAUAAAAAAUGGAAAAAAAUACUUCAUUAAACAUCAAAAAUAUAUUACAAAGGAUACAAAAAACUCUUCUAAUUUGCCAGUUGUGAACAGCACAACGAAAAUUAUAAAACAGUCGGCAUCUGAGCACAACAUGUCAAUGUCAACAUCUAUUAAUUCUAGCAAGGCUGAGAAUAUUGAUGUGGAACAAAUGGCUUCGGUUUCUAACGAUAUUUCUACACCCUCUUUCACUGAUCUUUGUUUAACACCUUCACCAUCCCCUUCUGAAUCAUCCAGCAAUUCUGGCUGGAUAUACGAAUCGUAUAUUACGAAAAAUAUGUAUAAAAGAUUAUCUCCACAGUUAAUCACUUCUAGUCUAAUCCAGAAGAAAAAUUUAUUUGAAACAAUAUCACUUACCGAGAAAAAUGGAAAUGUUUAUAUGCAUAUAAAAAUAGUAGACCGUAUUUCAAAAGAAGGCUUUCGAGACACAUUUGAAGUAAUACCAAAAUAUAGAGAACAAAUGAUUGAUGAGUUUCACCAGCUAAAUAGUUUCGAAUUGAAAGAAAGGAUCAACCAUUUAAAACUUGUUAGUGAAGAAAUGAGAAAAGUUUUGGAUUUUUUAUCGAGCAAUGUCCUUUGGGAGAAAUCGAGAUCUAUCAAUACUCUCCAACGUAUAUUGGAAAAAUGCCUUGACAACUGUAAUCAAGAUGUAACAGAUAAGAAAAACGAUGAUGUGAUAUUAAAUGAAUGGGAAUCAGAAAUAUUGAAAAAGAAAUAUCCAAAUAAAUGUUCAUUAUGUAAUAAGAUUGUGAAACCUCUGUCGUAUAUUCCUGGAUUUUCAAGAUUACCUAAGGACGAUAAUAUAUAUUGUUCUUGUUACAAACUUGUUUGUCACGAAUGUCUAUCUUACCAAGAUAAUGUAUCACAGUUUACUGCGCAUCAGAACUACCACAAGAAUUGCGAGCCUUACGUUUGUCCAAACUGCCAGUCCAAAUUUGCUUCUGUGAGAUCUUUAGAAGUUCACACGUGGACCGUUUGUUUUCAUACUUGGAAAAAAUUUAUUCUUUCUUGUAAAAUUUGUGAAAUAGAUGGUUUUAGGGACAUGGAAUCGAUUACCAGACAUAUUGCUAUCAUGCACAGUACCACAAAAAUCGCUUGUGAAAUAUGUAGCAAGGUACUUUCUUCAUAUAGUGAAUAUGUAAAACAUUCCACAGAGACACAUGUGUCUGUGCAAAGUCGAAAUCCGAUACGUCUGGUGAAAUGCAGAUUAGGUAAUGUAAUCAUACGUUUUGAGAAUUUAAUGUGGUAUACGGAGAUGCAUCCUGCGAUUCGAAAGUUGAUAUGGUUUAAAUGUCCCUUUUGCCCGUUGAUAACUGUAGAAAAUAAAUAUACAACUGCAAUUUUAAAUGAUCAUUUACGAAACAAGCAUUUGCAUCGCUUGUCGGAGAUUCUUAGUAAAGAAGCAUUGGUCGAUAUUUUCGGGACAGCUUUUUUGAAAGCUGAUGUAAAUACAGUUUCUGAAAAUCUUGUAGAUACGUUUACGAACGAGGCAGCGAAGCAUACUAUAAUACCUAGAAUUGUGAAUGCUCGAACUAUCUCUUCAGAAAUAUUCGAACAUGGCACAGAAGACGAAAUAUCUCUUUGGAAAUAUGAUAAUUCGAACGUGGCAUGGUCUAGAAUAGAAAUAAAGCCAUCAACAAUGGAAAAUGUUAAUGAUGGACAAAAAAUAAGUUCAUUGCCAAAAAUUCUCAAUGUUAAAUCAAUUAACGAUUUAAAGUCAUCCAAACCUAAGGAAGCCAUCACAAAAACUUCAACCGAAGCGAAAAAGAAAUCUAAUUCUCAAUCUUCUCAAGCUGAAAUAAUUAUAGAUGAAAAAGAUGAUCCAUUAGCAGGCGAAGAUGCGAAAGAAAUGGAAUUAGAUGACAGUAAGUCCGACAAUAAGGAAAAGAAAGGAAAGACAAAAGAGCCUGAGAAAACUAACAACGAAUCGAUUGUAUCAACAGACAUACAUAAUGUCCGUGUAAUUUCGCCGACUGAAUCAUGCAAAAGAAUCUUAGAUUCUAAGUUCAUGUCUAAAACAAGCAUAGGUGGCCAUAUAAAGGUAGUUGAUAUUAGGAAAAUAUGUAAACCGAAUAUAGAGCCAUUUGUUACCACUGAACCGAACAGUACACUGAGAGAGGAUGAAAAUAUAAUGUUUAUUCCGCAACCUCCUCCUCUUGCCAAGAUUCCGCAACAUUUAUUUAAAUCUGUGGAAGUUUAUAAACUGGAUAAUGGUUCAAAGAAUGUUGCGAAGACGAAAAAAUUUCUCCCUCGAAGAGCGGAUAACAAGACAAUAGGGCGUAUCGCUAUACACGGAACAACAGGUGCGGAAGAGAUAAAUGUCGAUUAUCUGUGCCACUUAUGUGGUGAACAGAUUAAUACUUCUAGAUCCGUGGUGCACACACACUUUCGUGAAAAGCACUCGCACGAAUGCAGAUUGGCGGCAAUCACCCCGCGGUUGAUGCGGAUAUCACCUGAUUUUAUUAAUGGUGGUUACAAGCAAUUUAUCAACAACAGAAAACGAAAAGCGGAUAGCGCUUUACUCGUAUCCAAGAGAAAGCGUCGUUGGACUCCGAAGAAACAUACAGAAACGAAGGAUGCGAGCGCGCCCGUAGGAUUAUGCGUGGAACGAGAGACGGCAGAGGACGGCGAAGGAAAUUUUAAGUGUAAGAAAUGCGAUCAACGAUGCACCGACAUGUCCAAUCUGAGAGAGCACAUCGCUGCUAAUCAUCGUCUAAAAGGUCGUUACCUGAUAUGUCUGGAAUGUGGCGAGAAUUUUGUGGUCGCGCCUAGUUUACAGAUGCAUCUCAAAGCUUUCCACGGAAUAGAGAGUCCUAUUAAUUAUAUGAAUCAAAAUCCUUCUUAUGCUCCUGGUAUCGAUGACGAUUCAGAAGCGGAAGGAAAAACGACAGUGGCUAAUCAGUGCUACGUCUGUAUGGCAGUUUUCGAGGAUAAGGCUGCGGUAGACAAACACUUGAGGGUGCAUGGUAUGGCUUUUCUAAAUCGUAAGAGAAUAGAAGCGAGAAAUGCUCUUAAAAGCCCUGAAAAGAAGGCCAAAAUGGAGGAAGAAAAUGUUGCUAAAGGCAGUCCAAAAGAGACGGUGAGGCAGGAUAAGCCAGCAGAAAUAAUUCUAGAAAAAAUUAACGUUGCGAUGUAGAGCAAGUGAUAAAAAAUAUAAAGAAAAACGAUGUUGUACUAUAACAAAUUCAUUAACUUUAUUUUUGUGUAUAUUUGAACGCUCAAUUCUUCAUUGUUAUUGCGAAAUAUUAUAUCAGUAAAUUUUAAAUUUUUUUUACACAUAUGCACCACACACACACACACACACAUACACAUUGUAAAU